AUGUCUCCAACCAGCUCCAGCAGCAGCUCCAGUUCCAGUUACAACUCCUUCACUAUCCCCGCCACCCCUCGCACCACCUCCCCCGCCCUCAGCACCGAGGAAACCAGUACCAGCCCAGACCAGCCCGAAACAGCGCUCUCAAAAGGCUCUCAGGAAUUCGCACGGGAAAUCGCCAAGCUCGAGCGCGAAAAGGCUGAGCUACAGCGCGAGAAGGACGAGCUGCAGAAGGAACGUGACGAGCUCGCGUCCGCAUGCAACAAAGCCAAACUAGCAACGGAGCAAAAGAAGGCCACGGAGGCGGAGCGCCAGCGCAAGGAGAUAUACAGCGCGAUGGGUGCGGCGGCAUUCGUAUUGUUCAUCAUGCCGGCGAUAUUCAUAGCCCUCUCGUUGUUCUCUGCACAAUGGGUGGCGUGUAUGAGAAUGCUGAGAUGGGCUGUCCAGGUGGUGGGUUGA